CCAACAACACCGCUAAUGCCACCGCGGCCCUUCGUCAACGACGCGCUGUGGCGAUGUCUCUGCCCCGGGUUUCCUCCCCAUGCCACAGCCCUGCAGGCAACGCGCGCAGGCGCCUCCACCCUCCGCAAUCACCAACCAAAGCGUAACAAUCCUCGACCGCAAUGCCAGUCUCGCGCAUACAGCGCCACAGCAAGCACAACCUCCCCAAACUCCUUCGUACAGCCUCACAUACCAACGCCUACCUCUCGCCCUCAGUUCACCAACCGCCCAUUGCGCCAUGGCAGAGAAAAGCCCCCCCUCGUGCACCUCCCCACACACAUCCUCUACGAAGACCUGCGCUUGGAAGGCUCCAAGGGCCACUUCGAAGAAGUAAUGAAGAUUUGCAACGUGCUCGUCAAAGACCGCGGCCAGCGCCCCGACAAGGAAAUGUAUGCCGCCAUCUUGCACAGCUUCACGAGCAGCACAGACGGCACGGCGGGGAAGGUGCGCAAGGUGCUUGAGGAGAUGGGGUUUUGGACCGAUGGCGCGGAUCCGAGUGUAAGCGGAAGAGUAGAUUUGGAUGUGAGGGGCUGCGAGAAUGUGCUUGAGGCGCUGGCCGUUCAUCCGGAUUAUUUGCUGAGGGCGGAGAUUCUGGAGUAUAUGAAGGAGAGGUGGUUCACGCUGUCUGAUCGUGGGCAUAAUUUUGUGGUGGCGGGGCUGCUGAGGGAGAGGCUGUUUGAGCAGGCGCUAGAGAUGCUGGAGGAUUUGAGUAGGAAGAAGGUUCGGGUUGAGGACUGGGUGUUCAGCGAGGCUAUGUGGUUGUUGUUGGAGUUUGGAGAGGUCGAAGAGGCUUUCUACGUCUUGGGACUGAAAGAGAGCGCCAUGGGCAUGGAUACUGCCGGAGCGGCGUAUGGUGUGAAGCUGAGCAAUGCGCUGUGGGGCGCUUUGCUGGAUGCUGCUGCGAAGCAACAACUGCACGACGCCGCACGCAUAGUAUGGACCACCCAAGUCCAACCAGGCUACCUCAAACCCCCAACCGGCACCUGUCUCUCCGUCCUCUCCCUGGCCUCGCGCCACGGCGACGUGCAACUCGCAACCGACGUCUUCCGCCUCCUUACCGAGCGCGAAACAAUCUUCAACACGCACCACUACGAACUCCUCGUUGCGGCCUACCUAAAAGCCAACGCUCUCUCCGAUGCCCUCUCCGUAAUCCUAAUCAUGGCCGACGCAAACCUCAAAGUCGAUGCCGGAACAUGCCAUCCGCUGUUCUGGUACCUGCGCAACGCACCUCCUCCUCCACCAUCGACUUCCCCAGACGGGGAGGAAGAGCAGAUAAGCAUGCCGCUGCACGCCUUCACACUACUCCAAGACUUCGAGGCACAAGGCCGCAAAGUCCCCACCGCAGCAAUAAACUGCUGCAUCCAAGCCUGCAUCGCUAUCAACUCCCUCCCCUCGGCACUGGACAUCUACAAAGCGCUGCACACCGUCUCCCCUUCCGGCCCGAACACGGAGACAUUCAACCUCCUGUUUCGCGGCUGCGCGCAGGCGGGGCGCAAAGACCUCGCUAUGUUUUUGGCCAACGAGAUGAUCUCUCUAAAUCUACAGCCUGAUCGGAUCACGUACGACCGCCUCAUCUUGGUUUGUGAGAGAAGCGACGAUAUCGAUGAUGCGGUGAACUACUUCGAGGAGAUGCGGGCAGCGGGGAUGAGGCCGAGACGCGGGACGUAUGAGCGAUUGAUUGAUAGGCUGGUAGAGAAGGGAGAUGAGAGGUGUGUUGGUGUGUUAAGGGAUUAUAGGGAGAGUGGGGAGUUGGUGAGUCAGGGUGCUGAAAGGCGUGUUAGGGAGAGGUUUGAAGUCCAGGAUGAGAAUUGGGAUAAGGGCAUCGUUGUUGGUGGGUGAGCGGUGAGAGGCAAGGGAAUAUAAGGGGAGGCAAUGGGAGUGAGACUUGGUGAAUACGAUAAGUCGUUGGGCG